AUUUAAUAUAGAUAUGCAUUAUAAUGUAACGCUGAUAUAUAAUAUUUAUAUUAAAGGAACAGAAGUCAAGUUUUAUACAAUCGGAGAUGCUGGAAGUUGGCCUGCGAGUCGUUCGCGGUCAGGACUGGAAAUGGGAUGAUCAGGAUGGCGGUGAGGGUCAUGCCGGAACAAUAGUGGAAAUUGGUAGGCCUCCCUCAACUGGAAACUCCACCUCCAGUCCAAAUCCUACCGAUCGGACACCAGACAAGACGGUAAUCGUUCAGUGGGACCAUGGCGCUAGAAGUAAUUACAGGAUCGGUUAUCAGGGAGCCUAUGACUUGUUGGUGUUCGAUAACGCAGCUACUGGCGUUAAGCACACAAACAUUAUCUGCGAUGGUUGCAAAAGACAUGGUAUUAUUGGCAUUAGGUGGAAAUGUACAGAAUGUUUCGACUAUGAUCUCUGCACACAGUGUUACAUGGCUGACGUACAUGAGUUAACUCACACCUUCGAGAGAUAUCAAACAGCGAAUUCUGUGGGAGUUCAUCUGGGAUCGAGAGAAGGAUGCACGAAAAUACCUUUGAAGGGGAUCUUCAUAGGAGCAAAAGUCAUUCGCGGACCAGAUUGGGAGUGGGGAAAUCAGGAUGGCGGCCGUGGAAAACCCGGCAGAGUCAUGGAUAUACGCGGUUGGGAUAAUGAGAGCAGUCGAUCCGUCGCAACUGUUACGUGGUCUACGGGUAGCACUAAUGUAUAUCGACUAGGGUUCAAAGGUUGCGUGGAUCUAUGUUACGUGGAGGAGGCUAAUGCUGGUACUUAUUACAAGGAACACCUUCCGUUACUCGGCCAAUCGGUCUUGACCUUACCGGACAAUGGAAACAACUUGACACCAACCAAGAGUAGUGCCCCCAAUAUCAUGUCUAGUCCACAUCCUUUAACAUUUAACGUCGGCGACAAGGUGAAAGUGUUAAUGGAAAUCGAUACGUUAAAGGAGAUGCAGGACGGUCAUGGCGGUUGGAAUCCGCGUAUGGCCGAAUAUAUAGGAAAGAUCGGCACGGUGCAUCGAAUUACGGAUAAAGGGGAUGUUCGUGUGCAGUACGAGGGCUGUCACAAUAGGUGGACCUUCCACCCAGGCGCUCUGACGAAAGUUACCGCUAACGCAUCCUCUCUCGGUGAUAUAGUUCGCGUGAAGAGCGAUCUUGUUGCUGUCAAACAAUAUCAACGUGGCCAUGGUGAAUGGAUAGACGUUAUGAAAAACGCUCUGGGAAAAACUGGGAAAGUAAUUAAAAUCUAUUCCGACGGUGACUUGCGCGUAGCGCUGGAUUUACAUGGACAUACGUGGACUUUUAAUCCAUUAAGUGUCGUCCCAGUAUCUUCCGGCACGAAUACUAUGGCUGCCGCACACGAUAACGCGAGCAGGGAUCGUUCGAUCGACGGUACUGAUAGCGAAGUGGAGAAGCUGUUGAGGGACGCGGCUAGAGGUGAGGCUGGUGUAGAUGCAGUACGCGAGUUUCUCAAAAAGUAUCCUGGCAGAGUGGAUGCGUGUGCUCCCGGUGGCGGCAGGAAAACAUGCCUGCAAGUGGCGGCGCAUCAAGGCCAACGUGAGCUCUGCACUCUGCUUCUAGAUGCUGGUGCGUCUCUGCGAGCAGUAGAUGAGGAUGGUGACACGCCCUUGCACUACGCGGCAUUCGGCAAUCAGCCAGAGAUAAUGGAACUGCUGCUGUCGCGAGGUGCGGCAAUCAACGCCGUCAACAACGGUAGAUGUAGCGCCUUACAUGUGGCGGUUAACAAGCAGCAUGUACAGUGCGUAAGAGUGCUCCUACGUUACCAUUGCGACGUCAAUCUCCAGGAUUCGUACGGCGACACAGCGCUGCAUGACGCGAUCGGAAAAGACGCACUGGAUGUAAUUGACGCAUUAUGCGCCUGUGACAGAGUUGACUUUACGCUGCGGAACAAACGAGGUUUCAACAUCUUGCAUCACGCCGCACUCAAGGGCAACGCUCAUGCAACGGAAAGGCUGGUUGCUCGCGCGCGUCACUUGGUGGAUGUGAAAAAAGAGGACGGCUUCGCGGCGUUGCAUUUAGCGGCGUUGAAUGGACACAGAGAAGUCGCAGCCAUUCUACUCUCGCAGAACGGCGGCUGCGCCAAGGUCGACCUGCGUAACAAUCGGCGGCAAACGCCGUUGCACUUGGCGACCUCACAGGGACACUGGUCGCUCGUCGAAUUGCUAGCGCAUCACAAUGCAGACAUCGGUAGCACAGACGAAGAUGGUGACACGGUGUUGCACAUCGCGAUAGCCAAGAGCCCAAAUCAACAGACUGCCGUACCCACACCUGAAAGUAGCCGAGAUUCGCCACUUAUAUACGCUAUUUGGCAGAAUCUGGCGAGGCAAGACGCAAAGACUGAAUUAGCAUUAGCUUGUUUUUUGAUAAGCGUGGACAGAAGUUGCACACUCCUUGAGCAGGUGAAAAAUAAUAAGGAUAAGACGCCACUCGAUCUUCUGGAAAGCAAUCCGCAGACCGCUGUCCUCGCGGAUCUUCUACGAUCCUACAAAUAUCAAAGUCACAACACGCAAUUAGAAAUAGAGAACAAUCCAUCGACUGGUUACGUCGAGCCACCUACGUAUCGGAUAGAUAACAUAUCACAAUCGGAAGGCUUGCGUGGCGCGAAGAAGAAUACAACCGGUUCCGAUGCUGCGGAGUGCCGAGAUUGCUCAGGGAUCAUAGGAGAUACAAAGCAGGAGAACCGGAUUGAUCCUAGUAGUAGUGUUACGCUCGUUGGUUGUGCACGUUGCGGCCAUACCGUCGUCAAAACGCAAACGAUUCAAGACGGUCAGCUGGCGACAGGCGAGGUCUCGAUAGCUAAUCCGGAGGAUAAAUCGAAAGACGUGUCGGAGAGCAAACGGAAGGAAGAGAUUGGCGACAGGGAAAAGGAGAAGGACAAAGACCUGGAGCGAUUACGUUAUUUGGAGACCAGAAUCGCGGAUCUCGAGGAGGCGAAUAUGUGUAGCAUCUGCAUGGAACGUCGUCGCAACGUUGCAUUUCUUUGCGGUCACGGCGCGUGCGAACACUGCGCAGCUCCGUUGAAGACUUGUCAUAUGUGUCGCAAGACGAUCACAAAGAAGAUUAAUUUGUAUUAAGUCAUUAAGGAUUGCACGUUUACUGGAACAUUGGUUCCCGCGCUAUAUACAGCGUGUUUCGGGAGGAAAAGUCAAUAUCAGUGAUAAUAAUAGUAAAACUGCUCUGAUUUGUUUUAACAGUUUUAACAGUUUAAACAAUUUAGACGUUAUAUCACUUGGAAUGAAAGAUAUUUGUUCGCAAGAAUCACUUUACUUGCUACUUGCAUGUUCCUCUUGAAAUGCUCUGUAUUUGAUUCCAAACGGUAAAUUUUGCCAACUGUUAGGAAAAUAUUGAUUGAUUAUGAUAACGCGUGUAAAGAAUCAUUGACGUCGCGCGUUAAAGAAAUUAAACUGCCAAAAACGUACAUUUUUUUUCAUGAUUUUUGUGUGAAAGGGCGAAAGACGACGCUCUCUAUUAUAUUGCACUGACAUCGUGCCAUAGUGAGACACGAGUCGCGUUUGUCUGGACACAAGAUAAUAAGACUUUGUUACCUUUUAUUUUUAAUGAUUAAUUAAAUCAAUGCUAUUCAGAAUUAGUUUUGAGAUUGGAGACUAAUUUGAGACCAUUAAAUAUUUUUAACAUGUGUCAAUAUUAUUUAAAAAUAUAUUUUAUAUGUUUUAAUAAUUAUUUUAUAAUUUUUAAAAAUAUGUGAACGUAUUCUAUAAAAGUAAAAUUUUCCAUGUUAUUCUUAUGUAUGUCCUAGAUAUAUACACACAUAUCAAAAACUCGUAAUGAUCUCAAAUUGGUUUCGUUUCUGAGUCACGACAAGACAUAAACAGUGAAGUAAAAAGUUAUGAAGUAAAAGGUAGAAAAGACAAUAGAUGUAUGUACAAUAGAUGUGAAUACCGUAUCAUAUCUAAGCCCAAAACUAUAAAUUUAGGACAAUUGAAAACGAUCAAUAAAAAUUCCAAUACGAAGAUAUCUUGUGUCUUGGCAAACAUCUGCGAUCGUACAUCGUGUACGCUUUUCUUCCUCACGAAUCGGCGUAUCGCCUGUGCUUUAUCCCGUCCAUUUUUUAUCCAUAUUUGAAGAAAGCGCGGAUAACGAGCACGAAAAAAUGAGCUCAUCACAACAUAGGAAAUGCUAUCGCGCUUACGUAGUAACAAUCAGAGAAUUGUUCGCACAUGUCGCUACAUUAUUGCGAAAAGAAAAAUAAUAUACCAUUUCUACGUGUUCGACAAUUCAAGCUGUAUGAAUUUCUAUCGCUUCAUGCGCAAUAGCUGGGAAAGGGGCAUAUUUAGAUGAUGUAAUCAUUAAUCGUCUCGAAUUUGUUAUGAUCAAGAAAGCCUUAUUUAUAAAUUUUUACUGAGAGAUCUCUUAUUAAACUUGUUUGUUAAGUUUGUUAAACUUUUAGUGUUUUCUUUAAUAUAUUAAUAUAUAUUAUUGAUGAUAUAAUGUUUGAUAUAUAUUGUUUGAAAAGAUAUUUAGUUUAGGAUUAAGUAUCAUCACGAUGGAAUGUUUUCGAUGCUCUAAAACGCACAAAAAUAUUUUGAUUAAAAAAAACACGAGCCUUCCAUACAAUAUUUAAAUUAUGCGAAUCUGAUGUUUAAAUGUAGUCCCCUUUCCCUUAUCGCAUUUUCAUUGUUCGAGGAACAUUCUGCGAUCAGUGAGACACAUUAAAGGGAAACAUUCAGUCUUAUAGCCAAAUUUUCUAGGUAGAAUAAUUGUACUCGUUUGUAUAAAGUGAUUCAUUUGUGAUCAAGUGCGACAGCAGUGGAACCAAUUAAUUUUAAGCAGUACGAGCGCAUGUUUAAAGAGAAGCAACUCGUUUGUAUUUAAUGAAGCCGACAAUUGCCGAGGUACAAGUUUAUUAUUAACACGAAGGUCGAUCUUCCGAAAGAUCCUCGAAUUAUCCGAGGAAAGAAAGUCUGCGGAUGUGAUUUUUGUGAGAAUUUUUUUUUUAUCAGUAUUAGAUUCUUGCCUUUCUACUCAACACAACGAAAAACUUGAAGAACGAGGCGCAUUAAGAGCUUUGAUACGAAUAAGUCGUAAGAUGUAUUCCCGAGCGUAUCAGAACUGUGUAAUCAAUCGAUUUUUACAUCCGCUAGAAUAAUCUCUACAUUGAUGGCUGGAGGAUCGAGAGCGAUCUUUAUAAAUCAUCCCGCAGUGGGACGAGAGCGGUCCUUUCAAGGUAACGCAUCGCGAAUUUUACGUUCACGAUGAGAAACGUACAGUUUGCGAUAGUGCCAAUCUGAUUUUAUCAAGAUGAUAUUAGCUUCCUCUUCUUUCUUUUCUUCUCCAUUUUUCUAUAAUUAUAGCUGUAUUGUCGUUUAGAUAUCUGCGGUAUAUGCUACAAAAGAUGUUAUAUUAUGAUAAAACUACAGCGUAUUCCUUAAGCAUCGAUAGAUUUCUACAAUUGUAAUUUAAGAUGUAAUUUAAAUAAACAAUUUGGCGG